UAAGAAACAACAUCUUUAGAGAACGGAUCAGAGAGAGAGAAAGAGAGAGAGAGAGACAGAGAGAGACAGAGAGAGAGAGAGAGAGAGAGAGAAAAAAAGCCACAAGUCUUUUUUAAAUUUAAUUAGAUUUAUUUGUCAAUUUACAAAUAAUUGAGGACAACAACAGUAAAAAACUUCUACAACGUAUUUCCAUUGUGGCCCCUCUGACCACAACCAUCUUCUAUAACAUGGAUGACGAACGAGUGGGAACCUUUGUAUCGUGGGACUAUGUCGUAUUCGCAUGUCUGUUCGCGGUCUCCUCGGGGAUAGGGGUGUUCUUCGCGGUGAAGGAGAGGAAGAACCCCUCGUCGGAGUUCCUGGUAGGGGGUCGUCAGAUGACCUGCGGUCCCGUGGCUCUGUCCCUCACUGCCAGCUUCAUGUCUGCUGUCACCGUGCUGGGGGCGCCCUCCGACGUCUACCGCUCUGGGGGGUCGUUCGUCCUCUUCGGCGUGGCCUACACCUUCGUGGUCAUCGCUACAGCUGAACUGUUUGUGCCAGUGUUCUACAGAUCGGGGAUAACGAGUACCUACGAGUAUUUAGAGAGGCGGUUCUGUAAGGGGGUUCGCAUGGCUGCCACUCUGAUUUAUAUUUUGCAGACGAUCUUAUAUACUGGGGUUGUGGUGUAUGCUCCUGCCUUGGCCCUCAAUCAAGUCACUGGCUUCAACCUUUGGGGAUCUAUAUUUGCAACAGGAGUUGUGUGCACAUUCUACUGCACGCUGGGUGGGCUGAAGGCAGUGGUGUGGACAGAUGCGUUCCAGAUGGUGGUGAUGGUAGUGGGCUUCAUGACCGUGCUGGUCCAGGGGACCCGGAAAACAGGGGGCGCGGCCUCCGUGUGGGAGGUGGCUAAAAACGGAAACAGACUCGACAUCUUUGACUUUGACCCUGACCCUCUGAGACGUCAUACUUUCUGGACCAUCUCUAUUGGGGGAACCUUCACCUGGCUGGGUAUCUACGGGGUUAACCAGUCAACUAUACAGAGAUGCAUCUCCUGCAAAACAGAGACACACGCCAAACUAGCUCUGUACUUCAACCUGCUGGGUCUGCUGGUCAUCCUGGUGUGUGCGGUGUUCUCCGGUCUCAUUAUGUAUGCUUUCUACGCCAACUGUGAUCCAUGGACCGCCCAGUCAGUCACAGCACCAGACCAGCUCAUGCCGUAUUUUGUCAUGGAGAUUCUGGGGGGUUAUCCCGGUCUUCCGGGGCUGUUUGUUGCCUGUGCGUUCAGUGGAACACUCAGUACUGUGGCAGCCAGCAUCAAUGCCCUGGCCACGGUGACCUAUGAAGACUUUGUUAAGCAGUGUUGUACUAACCUCUCCAACAAAGCCAGCGGCUGGAUCAGUAAAGGACUGUGUAUUGUGUUCGGCGUAGCCUGCACCACUAUGGCAGUUGCUGCAUCCUACAUGGGAGGGAUUGUACAGGCAGCUCUGAGUAUCCAUGGUAUGUGUGGUGGUCCCAUGCUGGGCCUCUUCUCACUGGGAAUCGUCUUCCCCUGGACCAACUCUAUGGGAGCAGCCGGCGGUCUGACAGUGGGCAUCGCCCUGUCGUUCUGGGCGGGUGUUGGAGCCUUCAUCUACCCUGCUCUAGACAUCAACACUAGACCUCUGUCUCUCAGUAUAGAGGGAUGUCUUCAACCAAACUCAUCUGACCCCACCACCAGUGUUCCACCUUCUUACCUGGACCCUACCGCUCUACCAUCAAGGUCAUCCCUGGCUGACCACUGGUACUCCAUGUCCUAUCUGUACUAUAGCGCUGUUGGAUUUUUAGCCACCGUUACUGCUGGUCUGCUCAUCUCCUUCAUCACAGGUUCAACACACACCGUCUGCCUGCCUGCAAAGGUUCAACACACACCGUCUGUCUGUCUGCCUGCCUGCAAAGGACACACCAGGAGUCGAGACGUGAAACCGUGGCUCCUACGACCAGUGUGUAACCUCUUCUGUUUUUGGUCAAAGAAGUACAAGAAGAUGUGCUGGUGUGGCGUCAACCACGAGUUAAAACAGGACAUGGAGUGCCCAGACGCAGAUACUGUUAAAGAUGAAGGUCCCUUUGUCAAGGAAGAUAUCGGCAGAAAGGGGAUGAAGAGGAAAAUACAGCCUGCCAAAAACUGUUAUAACCUGCAAGAGAAAGCACAUGACAACGCUGGCUUUACCGAAGACACAAAGCCUUUUUAAAAGCCAUAGAACUAGAAUGACUAAUUACUGUAAUAUAAUACUUACUGUAAUUCUGUGUGUAUGUUAAAAGCAUUAUAAUGUUUAGUCUCUGAAAGGUAAUAAAAUGCUUAGAUUGGUGACUACAUGA